AUGUUCGACGAUGAGAUUCUUCAAAUCGCCGAACGAUACGGAGCUCCGAAUCGCCUCUCCCCUAUUGCUCCCUGGACAAGUCAGUGUUUAGCAAAAUUCCUGGCAAGCCAGAAUUCACCAAAUUCUCUCACCGAAAACCAGCCCACGUCAAGCCUCCAAAACCAGCAUUCGGUAUUCGAUUUCUCGCCACUAGAGGCAACAUCGAUCCAGUGCUUUUCGGAGGUCCCGUCGCCAAUCAAUAUCUCAUCGAACGAACGUUUGCUGGACAUAGUCAAGCAAAUCGAUGCCUCGUCAAGCGAGCGCUCUCCAGGAACGACCAAAGAUGAGUUUUGCCAAACUGCCGACCGCAACAUAGCUUCAAAUCACUGCUCGCCAAUCAAGUGCUCGCCAGGCCAGCCUUCGCCUGUUGGCCUCUCACCAUGUAAGCCAUUCUCACCUGAACUAUCGAUGUUUGAGUUCUCGCCAGUGAAGGUCCAGCGCUUGCCAGACGUCUUCUCGCCACUGAAGACCACGUCAAGCGAUAAUUCAUCAAACAGCUUUUGCCAAUCAAGGCUUCGUUUAGCUGCUCCGAUGAAAAAAAUUGGUCCAGCGCUUUGUUGUUGUUUGGACGUCCUGUCUCCAACAAAGCCCUUGUCGGACCAGAGCUUUUCUGACGCCACUUCCACUUCAGCCAUCAUCGACCAAUUGUUUGCCGAAUCAUCAUUCGCCAUCGGAGUCUCUUCACAGAACAAUCCGGCGAUCGACAGAAAAAAGUACGGUGCUCCAUUGAGAAGAAAGAAAAUGCCAGAUGGCUCUUGGAAGACGCUUCCGUGGAUUAAGCAAAAAGGAUAUGUUGAAACUCCGACCUCGUCCAACACCAUUCAACGUCCGUCGAUUUGCUUCUCGCCAGUAAAGCCCUUAAUGAGCCUGUGCUCUUCGGAUUGUCUCUCGCCAAUCCAACACUUUUCGAGCAAACCACUUCCGUCAUUUUCUAGCCGGCCAUCGCCUGAUUGCCACCUGCCAUUAAAGCCAUUGCCAGAAAAGCGCUCGCCAAAUCGCCUCUCCUCUCGCAAGCUAUUAAUGAUCCAGCGCUCGAAACGCCGCGUGUACCGCCAACAGCUCUCAUCAGAUUUGUCUGACGAAGGGAAUCGCCCAGUUUGCGAAAAAAACAAAACUCUGGUGGCCAACAAUUGUAUCGGUGCUCCAUUGAAGAGGAAAAGAAUGCCGGACGGCUGCUGGAAAACGCUUCCGUGGAUUAAGAAGCAGCAAUUGUCAAGCUUGUCAAGCAAACCACUUCCGUCAUUGUCAAGCCAGCCACUCUGUUCAGAUUGGUCCGACGAAGGGAAUCUCCUAGUUUGCGAAAAUAAGAUCGUCAACGCUCGGAUCAAAAACAUGCCAUUGGGAAGAAUUAAGAUGGCUGAUGGCACCUGGAAGACUCUCCAAUGGAUCAAGCCAAAAGGUUACGUUCCGAAGUUUUAUAAUUGUUGA